UAGGAGCAGAGAUCGCCACAUGUGGGCUAGACGUAGCUAUCUCCAGAACUGGCAAAGGGGCAGAAACCGCCGUGCGCGCAAUGGAGACAAGCUGACGCUCCAGUGCAAUCACUUGUUUAAGAUCAACUGGCAGUUACGCGUGUGGACACUUACUAAAUUAAGGGAUUUCUUUCUCUUGAAGAGAUGGUCAAACAGGGCUGAAGGACUGAUGAACUAAAAGGACCACCAUUCAUUCGUGGCCCGUUUCCAUUGUUACCUUUCAGCAUUGCAACAUGGCACGCAUCUCUACCAUAUUUUCACUCUGUGUAAUAUAUAUUCACAGUGGAGCACAGAGCGUAUCUGAGAGCUGCCGGGGGACGCGCUGCUUCUCUGGUCAAGAAUGGAGAAGAGCAUGCGUCGGAGCGCACUGCCAGGGGCAAACGGAGCCAGUGGCGUCCCGGCGGCAGUUUCAACAUUCUGCACAAUCCAGACAAGGACAAGUCUACCCGAGUUACCAACAGGAUGCUAAUUUUAAUCACCAACAAGCCCAGAGUGCGCCAUUAGCACCGUACACCAUCAUCCAACCUCAGUCGGGAGGCUUUGCGCAACAUGCGGGUACGGAUGGCACCAGGAGGACUAACCCGAGAACCAUCACGGCGGAGGUGUUCCAUCCUGGCUGUGCCGGUGGGACCUGUCCUGCUACUGUCUCUCAUCACCAGACGAAUGAUGACAGUGCAUCGCGGGAGUGCAAAGGGAUUGGAUGUAAACUUCCUCUCAGGAUGCGCCAGAAGCCAAAGCCUUGCGUCGGAGACGGUUGCGGUGCGCAUGGAGGAGACGACGGGAGAGGAAACUCUUCGCCGGUUCAUGUGACGGACAGAGCGGCACAAUUUCUGGAUGAGCUUCCAGACUUUGGGUCGGAACGCGGUGCUUGGAUACAGUUGACAUGUGACAUGAAACCAGGGACCAAUGAGGUUCCUUCAGAGGACGCUCUUGUGCUGCAGCUGCAGCUGUCUAAGAGCCAGGAGAAGCUGGUUGAGGCCCUUAAGAGCCAACAGGACGAAGUCAAACUGCUGCAGCGGCUCCUCAGUGAGCAGCAGGGGACGCUGGUCAGCCAGCAGAGAGAAAUACUGGAGCAACAGAGGAGGAUGUAUGAACAGAUGGAGCAGGUUAAAGCACAGUACAACAUACUGAUCGACGGCGUCAAACAAACGUCUUUCCAGAACGUCCAGGGGGAGCUCGACAGUCAUCUGGAAACCUUGAGUGGGCAGGUGAGAGCCCACCAGGCACAGCAGGCUCUCUCUCUGCACAAGGUGGACAUGGAGGCCAACGUGAUGGAGGUGGGUCGCUCCCUGUUGGCCUGUGGGAGCUGUGGUCCUGACGAGUACUGCAGCUUCAGCAGUGGUCAUCCUCGCUGUGACAAAUGUACCAUCUGUCCUGCCGGCUUUUUCCUGGUGGCCCAGUGUUCAGUCCAUGCAGACAGAAUCUGCCAGGACAGAGAUGAAUGCCUUGAAAUAAGUGAUCUGUGUGGAGAUCAACAGAAGUGCCUCAAUACUCCAGGUGGAUUCAGAUGUCAGGGAAUGACAGAGCAUGAUGCCAAGUCAGGAAUGUGUGGCCAUGGCUACUUCUACAACUCGGACAUGGAUGAGUGUCAGGCCUGUAAUGAGUGUGAUGGAGUGAUCACGACUUCACCUUGUACCUUCACCACAGACACCAUCUGCUCUGGCCCUGCUGCCGGUGACAGUGCCCUCUCUCUUUCCUGGGCUGGAGAUGUAAGUCUGCCUCCCACAACAGGCCACAUCCUUAGUCAUGCUUUUUCUAGCGUGCAGCUUCACAUCCAGGGAAGACGUGAUGCAGGUCUGGUGUCCCCUGAAGAUGGGCGCUUGGUACUCAGGCAGCAUGGACUGGUCUGGCUGGAUGAGAAUCUCUCGGUGAGCCAUGGCUGUCGUAGUUUCAUUCAGGUGUGUCUGCGUAUGAACAACACAGACAGUUCUGAAGAUCGAGACGUCAGUGGCAUUAGGAUCGAGCAGCAGGAGGGAAGGGCGCUACAGAGCACCAGCAUCAGUGGGGUUGCAGAAGUCGCUCCAGGUCACAUGAUUUCCCUCUUCCUCCGAAGCGCUAGCCAACACUGUAACCAAAGCAGUGAAGGUCUGCAGCUGUACAACCCUUCAGCUUCUCCGCUCAGUCUCCUCUGGCUCUCUCAUGACACCGGUGCUGUUGCUAUGACAGCCCAGGCCAUGGUGUCUGCACACUAUCAUACAAACUAUCGCCCCGUCUUCCGUAUCACUUCCACCUCUGACCCUUAUGUUGUGGGGGUUACUCACGAUGGCCGUGGGAUCCGUUUCACAGAGAGUGGUACCAUGCGUUUUGUAUUUCAGCAGGCUUUGUACUCCAUGGGCCAGGCAUGUGUGAGUGAGGGCUUCCAAUUGUUGGCGUACCUCAACCAAAAUGGAACUGGCAUGGAGCUGUGUCGUUCCUUCAAACCAGGUGUCCACUAUCGAGACACGUCCAUAUCUCUGUCUGGAGCAUCUAAAGUGGGCCCUGGGGACACACUGGGCUUUGAAAUCCUCUCUCCUGCUCAGUGCAAUGUACGUUUCUUUGGCGAUGAGACAGGCAUCAGUACACUCAGCUUAGUUUGGGUCCCUGCUGCUAUCUCUUCCUCUCUGUCUGCCUCCGUGGCUCACUUUGGCCUUCCCUCAGGAGCAGUUAGAAACAAGCCUCUGUUGUUCCGUCAGACCAGUGGUCAGGUGUCACAGAUUGAGUUGCUAGGGAAGGGAUCCACAGAUCAGAGACCAGAUUUUGUCUUCAGGGAGAGUGGCACAGCUAGUGUGGCUCUGGAUCUCAAACUCAUUCACUCCUGCAACCUUAUCAAGGUGACUCUUCUUAAGCGAAGUGAUCCAGAGGGGUCAGUGGGAGGUCGGGAAGCAGAGGGAGCACGACCCAUCCCUCUGGCCCAGCAGGUGGGUGGUCAGAUGCCUGAGGGUAGCCACUGGGCCAGAGUGAGCCUGCGGGUGUCCUUCCAGGUUCAUAACGGCACAGCGGUGUUCUUCACACUGGACUGUGUACGUGGACGGGUCAACCAGAUCAGUCACCAAACAGGAAGUGGAGUAUCAAUCCUCUGGGUGGCAGCAUAACAUAAAAAUAAAACUAUGUUGUGCUGAUCGUGGUUUCUGGUUCAGUGGAUCAGAUGUUAAGCCAUUUAUAUGAUGGACUAGUUUCACUGGAUGGAUUGAAAGGAAUAGACAGUUUGGUAAAGAUGCUUCUUUCAUGGAGGUAGAUGAGAGAACUCAUACCAUAUUAAGCUAGCAGCCUGUUAGCUUAGCUUAAUAACAACUGAAAAAUGUGGAAACAGUUAGCCUGGUUAGAAGCAGUAAUGCUAACUAAUGAACACUUUAUAUCUUAUUUCUUCAAUCUGUACAAAAAAAGCAAAGUGUAAAAGCAAGUUUUUAUGCCAGGCCAGCUGCUUCCCUUGCCCCCAGUCUUGCUAAGCUAACUGUCUCCUGGUGUGCGGACGUGGAAUCAGUCUUCUCAUUUAACUAUAACCUGUAGUGCGUAGCCUGCAGCUAAACCGACUUUUGUAAAGAAAAAACAUUUGAAAACUCAAAUAUGGGCUUUUAUUUAAAAAAAAUACAGAAAUAAAUACAGAAUUAUGCAUCAAUCUCUGUAUUUAUAUUAGUGCAAGUAUCAGACUUUUUUCUGCAGCAGUGCAGAUGAUGGUUCUUCUAGCCUUUCAUGCUUGAGUUUUAUGCUUUAUUUUGUUCAGAAAUUCUGUCUUUUAUUUAUGUAAUUCAAUUACAGAACAUUCCCAGUGUGACUACAACAUUUUUUGCUGUCACCAAAAGUGAGUUGCUCAUGCUGGUUUAUUUUUUUUAAGAGCAUGUGUUUCAUGUUAGCCGCCAUUUUCUAAUGUGAAUAUCUACUGCAUGCCUUGUUUAAUGACCACUUUCUGCAUAUUAUGGACUUAAGCAGAAUCAUGUGUUUCACUAAGGCCCUGUUGACAUUUAACUGUCCAGGAGAGACAGCAUGCUGUUUUAAAUAUCAACUCCCUAACUAUAGUUGCUGUUUGCCCAAAAUGUAAUAAAGUGUAUAUUUGAUGUUUUAUAUUAAAAACGAUAAAUAAAA